AUGGAAAAAUAUUUAAAACCUGAAAGGCUAGAUUUGGAUCCUUCCAGUUCAACUGCGGACAAACAAUGGACACACUGGAAAAGCACUUUUGACAAUUUUUUAGAGCAUAUAAAAGAUGUUUCCGAUACAGGUAAAAUGCAACUUCUUACAAAUUAUGUCUCUCCAAAUGUUUUUCUGUACAUAGCAGAUAGUAAAGACUUUGAAGAAGCGGUUAAUAGUUUAAAUGCCUUAUACGUUAAGCCUAAAAAUGUUACCUACGCAAGACAUCGCUUAGCGACAAGGCGCCAAUUGGCUGGAGAAUCUAUUGAUCAAUAUCUAUCUGCUUUGAAACAACUGAGCAAAGACUGCAAUUUUGAAGCCGUCACUGCCGACCAAAAUAAAAACGAUUACAUCAGAGAUUCAUUUAUUGCUGGAUUAAAUAAUAGUCAAAUUCGUCAACGGCUGCUGGAAAACAUUUCUAUAUCUCUCGAAGGUGCUUACAACCAAGCUCGUUCCUUAGAGUUGGCGAAAGUACAAGCGGAUAAUUAUUCAGAUGCGGAUUAUUCCACCACGUUUAACCAAAAUGCUGCUUGCCAGUCCUCGUCUGUAGAUGGUUCUGCAACCAACAGACACGAUAAAAUGAAUGAAGCCUUUGACACUUUGACAACAACUGCUGCGUCAAUUUCAAAAAAGGGUCAGUGUUAUUUUUGCGGCGGUAAUCGCCAUUCCAGAAACUUAUGUCCAGCUAAAAAUGCCUUGUGCAAAUUAUGCUCAAAAAGAGGACAUUUUCAACGUGUUUGUCUCUCUCGGGUUGUAUCAGCUAAAGAACACCCAGUUGCAUCUACUGAUUGUAUCGCGACCGUCUCUGCCGCAUCCCUUUACUGUCUUCGUAAAUCUAUAAUUCAAAUCGAAGUAAAUAGUAUCAAAGCGAAUGCUUUAAUUGAUACCGGAAGCUCUCUAAGUUUCAUCGAUCAUACCUUCGGGAAAAAAUGUGGCAUUCAGAUCUUACCAUACCAUGGAAAAAUUACAAUGGCUAAUUCAUCCUUAUUUUCUGAUGUCGUUGGUCAGGCUCAAGUGAAUAUUAAAAUGCAAGGCUAUGUUUACAAUAUUUCUAUAUUAAUUAUGAAAAAUCUUUGUUCGGAUGUUUUAAUUGGACAUGACGUACUUCGAAACCAUUCUGCCGUUGAAACUACAUUUAGUGGCUCUCAACCAGCACUUAAAAUCUGCAAUUUAGCGGUUGCAAAGGUUAUACCCGUUUCGAUUUUUGCCAAUCUCUCCCAGAAUUGUACGCCUAUAGCAACUAAAUCUAGACGACAUUCGAGUGCGGAUAACCGUUAUAUGGAAGCAGAAAUUAAAAGACUUCUGUGUGAAGGAAUUAUAGAGAAUAAUGCUUAUCUGCUUCCAAGAAUCGACGAAAUAAUUUCCAAAGUGUCAAAAUUUGAAGUAUUUAGUGUAAUAGAUCUAAAAAGCGCAUAUCAUCAAAUACCAAUUUUGGAGACAGAGAAACCGUAUACAGCUUUUGAAGCCUCUGGGAAACUUUAUCAGUUUACUCGUGUACCAUUCGGGGUCACUAAUGGUGUCGCCAGCUUUCAAAGGGUUAUUGAUCAGAUAAUUCAGGAAGAAAAGCUCAACGGCGUUUUUCCAUAUUUAGAUGAUGUCACAGUUUGCGGGAGAAAUCAAGAAGAUCACGACAAAAACCUGGAACAUUUCUUAUCGGCAAUUAAGAAAUAUAAUUUAACGUUGAACAAUGACAAAUGCUCCUUUUCUGUUCGAACUGUCAAAUUACUGGGCUAUAUAAUUUCUGACAAAACCAUUAGACCUGAUCCAAGCCGUUUACAGCCACUCCUAGAUUUACCCAUUCCCAAAGAUACCUCUUCUCUGCAAAGAGCCCUAAGAAUGUUCUCAUAUUAUAGCAAGUGGCUACCCAGAUUUUCGGAGCGGAUAUGA